AUGGACGUGGACGUGGACGUGGAGGACAUGGACGUGGACAUGGAUGUGGACGUAGACGUGGACGUGGACGUGGACAUGGACGUGGACGUGGACGUGGACGUGGACAUGGACGUGGAGAUGGAUGUGGACGUGGACGUGGACGUGGUCGUGGAAGUGGACAUGGACGUGGACAUGGACGUGGACAUGGACGUGGACGUGGAGGACUUGGAAGUGGACAUGGACGUGGAUGUGGACAUGGACGUGGACGUGGACGUGGACGUGGAAGUGGACGUGGACGUGGACGUGGACAUAGACGUGGACGUGGACAUGGAGGUGGACAAGGACGUGGACAUGGACGUGGACAUGGACGUGGACGUGGACGUGGACGUGGACAUGGACGUGGACGUGGACGUGGACGUGGUGGUGGACGUGGACGAGGACAUGGACGUCGACGUGGACGUGGACGUGGACGUGGACGUCGACGUGGACAUGGACGUGGACGUGGACGUGGACGUGGACGUGGUCGUGGACGUGGACGUGGACGUGGACGUGGUCGUCGUCGUGGACAUGGAUGUGGACGUGGACGUGGACGUGGACGUGGACAUGGACGUGGACGUGGACAUGGACAUGGUCGUGGACGUGGACGUGGAGGUGGACGUGGACGUGGACAUGGACGUGGAUGUGGACAUGGACGUGGACGUGGACAGGGACGUGGACGUGGACGUUGACGUCGACAUGGACGUGGACGUGGACAUGGACGUGGACGUGGACGUGGACAUGGACGUGAACAUGGACAUGGACGUGGACAUGGACAUGGACGUGGACAUGGACGUGGACGUGGACGUGGACGUGGUCGUGGACGUGGACGUGGACGUGGACAUGGACAUGGACGUGGACGUGGACGUAGACGUGGACGUGGACGUGGACAUGGACGUGGACGUGGACGUGGACGGGGACGUGGACGUGGACGUGGACGUGGACGCGGACAUGGACGCGGACAUGGACACGGACGCGGACAUGGACAUGGACAUGGACGUGGACAUGGACGUGGACGCGGACAUGGACGUGGACAUGGACGUGGACGUGGACGUGGACGUGGUCGUGGACGUGGACGUGGAUGUGGACAUGGACGUGGACGUGGACAGGGACGUGGACGUGGACGUUGACGUCGACAUGGACGUGGACGUGGACAUGGACGUGGACGUGGACGUAGACGUGGACAUGGACGUGAACAUGGACAUGGACAUGGACAUGGACAUGGACGUGGACAUGGACGUGGACGUGGACGUGGACGUGGUCGUGGACGUGGACGUGGACGUGGACGUGGACAUGGACAUGGACGUGGACGUGGACGUAGACGUGGACGUGGACGUGGACAUGGACGUGGACGUGGAUGUGGACGGGGACGUGGACGUGGACAUGGACGUGGACGUGGACCUGGACGUGGACAUGGACGCGGACAUGGACGCGGACAUGGACGUGGACGCGGACAUGGACAUGGACAUGGACGUGGACAUGGACGUGGACGCGGACAUGGACGUGGACAUGGACGUGGACGUGGACACGUGGACUGGACGGGGACAUGGACAUGGACGUGGACGUGGACGUGGACAUGGACGUGGACAUGGACGUGGCAUCGACGUGGACAUGGACGUGGACGUGGACGUGGACGUGGUCGUGGACGUGGACGUGGACAUGGACGUCGACGUGGACGUGGACGUGGACGUGGACGUCGACGUGGACGUGGACGUUGACGUGGACGUGGACGUCGACGUGGACAUGGACGUGGACGUGGACGUGGACGUGGUCGUGGACGUGGACGUGGACGUGGACCUGGACGUGGACGUGGACGUGGACGUGGACAUGGACGUGGACGUGGACCUGGACGUGGACGUGGACGUGGACGUGGACAUGGACGUGGACGUGGACGUGGACGUGGACGUGGACAUGGACAUGGACAUGGACGUGGACAUGGACGUAGACGUGGACGUGGACAGGGACGUGGACGUGGACGUGGACGUCGACAUGGACGUGGACGUGGACAUAGACGUGGACGUGGACAGGGACGUGGACGUGGACGUGGACGUGGACGUGGACGUGGUCGUGGACGUGGACGUGGACGUGGACGUGGACAUGGAGGUGAACGUGGACGUGAACAUGGACGUGGAGGACGUGGACGUUGACAUGGACGUGGACAUGGACGUGGUCGUGGACAUGGAGGACUUAGACGUGGACGUGGACGUGGACAUGGACGUGGUCGUGGACGUGGACGUAGACGUGGACGUGGACCUGGACGUGGACUUGGACGUGGACGUGGACGUGGACAUGGACGUGGACGUGGACGUGGAUAUGGAUGUGGACAUGGACGUGGACGUGGACGUGGACGUGGACAUGGACGUGGACGUGGACGUGGACGUCGACAUGGAUGUGGACGUGGAGGUGGACGUGGACGUGGACGUGGACGUGGACGUGGACAUGGACGUGGACGUGGACGUGGACGUGGAUGUGGACGUUGUCGUGGACGUGGAUGUGGACGUGGACGUGGACGUGGAGGACUUGCACGACUUGGACGUGGACAUGGACGUGGAUGUGGACGUGGACGUGGACGUGGACAUGGACCUGGACGUGGACCUGGACGUGGACGUGGACGUGGACGUGGACGUGGACGUGGACGUGGACAUGGACGUGGACGUGGACGUGGACAGGGACGUGGACGUGGACGUGGACGUGGAUAUGGACGUGGACGUGGACAUGGACGUGGACGUGGACAGGGACUUGGACGUGGACGUGGACGUGGAUGUGGACGUGGACGUGGUCGUGGACAUGGACGUGGACGUGGACAUGGAGGUGAACGUGGACGACUUGGACGUGGACGUGGACGUGGACAUGGACGUGGUCGUGGACGUGGACGUAGACGUGGACGUGGACCUCGACGUGGACUUGGACGUGGACGUGGACGUGGACAUGGACGUGGACGUGGACGUUGACGUGGACGUGGAUAUGGACGUGGACAUGGACGUGGACGUGGACGUGGACGUGGACAUGGAUGUGGACGUGGACGUGGACGUGGACAUGGACGUGGACGUAGACAUGGACGUAGACGUGGACAGGGACGUGGACGUGGACGUGGACGUCGACAUGGACGUGGACGUGGACAUGGACGUGGACGUGGACAGGGACGUGGACGUGGACGUGGACGUGGACGUGGUCGUGGACGUAGACGUGGACGUGGACAUGGAGGUGAACGUGGACGUGAACAUGGACGUGGAGGACGUGGACGUUGACGUGGACGUGGACAUGGACGUGGUCGUGGAAGUGGAGGACUUGGACGUGGACGUGGACGUAGACAUGGACGUGGUCGUGGACGUGGACGUAGACGUGGACGUGGACCUGGACGUGGACUUGGACGUGGACGUGGACGUGGACAUGGACGUGGACGUGGACGUGGACGUGGAUAUGGAUGUGGACGUGGACGUGGACGUGGACGUGGACAUGGACGUGGACGUGGACGUGGACGUCGACAUGGACGUGGACGUGGAGGUGGACGUGGACGUGGACGUGGACGUGGACGUGGACAUGGACGUGGACGUGGACGUGGACGUGGAUGUGGAGGACUUGGACGUGGACAUGGACGUGGAUGUGGACGUGGACGUGGACGUGGACAUGGACCUGGACGUGGACCUGGACGUGGACGUGGACGUGGACGUGGACGUGGACAUGGACGUGGACGUGGACAUGGACGUGGACGUGGACGUGGACAGGGACGUGGACGUGGACGUGGACGUGGACAUGGACGUGGACGUGGACAUGGACGUGGACGUGGACAGGGACUUGGACGUGGACGUGGACGUGGAUGUGGACGUGGACGUGGUCGUGGACGUGGACGUGGACGUGGACAUGGAGGUGAACGUGGACGUGAACAUGGACGUGGAGGACGUGGACGUUGACAUGGACGUGGACAUGGACGUGGUCGUGGACGUGGAGGACUUGGACGUGGACGUGGACGUGGACAUGGACGUGGUCGUGGACGUGGACAUAGACGUGGACGUGGACCUCGACGUGGACUUGGACGUGGACGUGGACGUGGACGUGGACAUGGACGUGGACGUGGACGUUGACGUGGACGUGGAUAUGGACGUGGACAUGGACGUGGACGUGGACGUGGACGUGGACGUGGACGUAGACGUGGACGUGGACGUGGACGUGGACAUGGACAGGGACGUGGACGUGGACGUGGACGUGGACAGGGACGUGGACGUGGACAUGGACGUGGACGUGGACAGGGACGUGGACGUGGACGUGGACGUGGACGUGGACAGGGACGUGGACGUGGACGUGGACGUGGACAUGGAGGUGGACGUGGACGUGGACGUGGACGUGGACAUGGAGGUGGACGUGGAUGUGGACGUGGACAUGGAGGUGAACGUGGACGUGAACAUGGACGUGGAAGACGUGGACGUUGACGUGGACGUGGACAUGGACGUGGUCGUGGAAGUGGAGGACUUGGACGUGGACGUGGACGUAGACGUGGUCGUGGACGUGGACGUAGACGUGGACGUGGACCUGGACGUGGACUUGGACGUGGACGUGGACAUGGACGUGGACGUGGACGUGGACGUGGAUAUGGAUGUGGACGUGGACGUGGACGUGGACGUGGACAUGGACGUGGACGUGGACGUGGACGUCGACAUGGACGUGGACGUGGAGGUGGACGUGGACGUGGACGUGGACGUGGACGUGGACAUGGACAUGGACGUGGACGUGGACGUGGACGUGGAGGUGGACGUUGUCGUGGACGUGGACGUGGACGUUGUCGUGGACGUGGACGUGGACAUGGUCGUGGACGUGGACGUGGACGUGGAGGACUUGAACGACUUGGACGUGGACAUGGACGUGGAUGUGGACGUGGACGUGGACGUGGACAUGGACCUGGACGUGGACCUGGACGUGGAGGUGGACGUGGACGUGGACAUGGACGUGGACGUGGACAUGGACGUGGACGUGGACGUGGACAGGGACGUGGACGUGGACGUGGACAUGGACAUGGACGUGGACAUGGACGUGGACGUGGACAGGGACGUGGACGUGGACGUGGAUGUGGACGUGGACGUGGUCGUGGACGUGGACGUGGACGUGGACAUGGAGGUGAACGUGGACGUGAACAUGGACGUGGAGGACGUGGACGUUGACGUGGACGUGGACAUGGACGUGAUCGUGGACGUGGAGGACUUGGACGUGGACGUGGACGUGGACAUGGACGUGGUCGUGGACGUGGACGUAGACGUGGACGUGGACCUCGACGUGGACUUGGACAUAGACGUGGACGUGGACGUGGACAUGGACGUGGACGUGGACGUUGACGUGGACGUGGAUAUGGACGUGGACAUGGACGUGGACGUGGACGUGGACGUGGACAUGGACGUGGACGUGGACGUGGACGUGGAGAUGGACGUGGACGUGGAGGUGGACGUGGACGUGGAUGUGGACGUGGACAUGGACGUGGACGUGGACGUGGACGUGGAUGUGGACGUUGUCGUGGACGUGGACGUGGACGUUGUCGUGGACGUGGACGUGGACGUGGAGGACUUGAACGUGAACGUGGACGUGAACAUGGACGUGGAGGACGUGGACGUUGACAUGGACGUGGACAUGGACGUGGUCGUGGACGUGGAGGACUUGGACGUGGACGUGGACGUGGACAUGGACGUGGUCGUGGACUUGGACGUAGACGUGGACGUGGACCUCGACGUGGACUUGGACGUGGACGUGGACGUGGAUGUGGACAUGGACGUGGACGUGCACGUUGACGUGGACAUGGAUAUGGACGUGGACAUGGACGUGGACGUGGACGUGGACAUGGACGUGGACGUGGACGUGGACGUCGACAUGGACGUGGACGUGGAGGUGGACGUGGACGUGGACGUGGACGUGGACAUGGACGUGGACGUGGACGUGGACGUGGAUGUGGACGUUGUCGUGGACGUGGACGUGGACGUUGUCGUGGACGUGGACGUGGACGUGGAGGACUUGAACGACGUGGACAUGGACGUGGACGUGGACGUGGACGUGGACAUGGACGUGGACGUGGACGUGGACGUGGAUAUGGACGUGGACAUGGACGUGGACAUGGACGUGGACGUGGACAUGGACGUGGACGUGGACAGGGACGUGGACGUGGACGUGGACGUGGACAUGGACGUGGACGUGGAGGUGGACGUGGACGUGGACGUGGACGUGGACAUGGACGUGGACGUGGACGUGGACGUGGACGUGGUCGUGGACGUGGACGUGGACAUGGACGUGGACGUGGACGUGGAGGACUUGAACGUGGACGUGGAUGUGGACAUGGACGUGGACGAGGACGUGGACAUGGACGUGGACGUGGACGUGGACGUGGAUGUGGACGUGGACGUGGAGAUGGACGUGGACGUGGACGUGGACAGGGACGUGGACGUGGACGUGGACGUCGACAUGGACGUGGACGUGGAGGUGGACGUGGACGUGGACGUGGACGUGGACAUGGACGUGGACGUGGUCGUGGACGUGGACAUGGACGUGGACGUGGAGGACUUGAACGUGGACUAG